AGGGCAAGGGAUGGAUGAAGUGCACGAGCCACGACUCCUUUUUUUAAUGUGCUCGCCCCCCGGUCCUUCUUCCCAGUCCGAGACCCUCAUUACUUCCGCAUCGCCAUCGACAUUAUUUAUCAUUGGCCUCAUCAUGACCGGCUCCAUUAUUUGUAGCAGAGUUGCAAGUUAAUGAGUGCCAUAUUGACCCCAAUCCCAUCGCCAUUUCUUCUCCCUUCUUUCGCUCGCCCUCUCUAUAUCCACCACCACCACCACCGCCACCCCCCCUAACUAGGAAAAGAACAAGAUUAAGAGCUCCGAGGACCAUCGUCCUUCGUUGCUCCUCCCCUUCCCUUUGGCGAUGGUUCCGGAGUGGGAGAUGGCAACGGGGGUGGAUUUUGGGAUGGGAAUGGAAUUUGGAUCCGGAGCUCGUUAUUCUACCACAGCACCUGUUGUCGCGCCGCUUACUCCUACCACUAGCGCUACUGCCACUACGCCUGCCUACCUCUACGGGGCUCUUCCGCCCACCGCCGACGCCAGUCUCCGCGUCGAUGACCUCCUCGACUUCUCCGACCACGAUCUCUACGCUUCUGUUGGCGUCGACGCUCAAUUCUACGCCACCACGACGACCGUGCCCGGAAGCGGUCCGCCGUCGGGACAGACGUUCUCCGGUCGCCAAUCUCAGCACACCACCUUCGACCUUUACGUUCCUGUGAGGCAACCACCGGAGCUCCGACAAUGCGAGGACGCGGCCGAGCUCGAGUGGCUGUCCAAGUUUGUGGAGGAGUCCUUCUCGGAUGUGCCUUCUUAUCAGUCCGGGGCGGCCGUAAUUGCGCCCUCGUGUGAGGCGCAGCUCCGGGCGGAGCAGUCGGCCAACGGCCGCGGAGCUCGGGGCAAGCGCUCGAGGGCGACCAUCGGUGCCGUUUCGGCCGCCGCAUGGUCCUCAUUGGUGACGCCACCGCAUCCACCGGCGCAGAACUCGCCUUCGUCUUCGUCCUCGUCGUCGUCCUCCGAGUUCUCUCCGUCGAGGCCGAAGGCGGGCGGUGCCGACAACGGAAACAGGGGCAGCAGAGGGAAGAAGGGCGGAGGAGGCGUGGGGUUGGAAGGCGGGGUGCGGCGAUGCACGCACUGCGCGUCGGAGAAGACGCCGCAGUGGCGGACGGGGCCGCUGGGACCGAAGACGCUGUGCAACGCGUGCGGCGUGAGGUUCAAGUCGGGUCGGCUCGUGCCGGAGUACCGGCCGGCAGCGAGCCCCACCUUCGUGCUCACGCAGCACUCCAACUCCCACCGCAAGGUCAUGGAGCUCCGCCGCCAGAAGGAGCUGCUGCUCCUCCGCCACCAGGAGAACGACCCCUCCUCCGCACGGCCGGAUCUGCUGUUCAGCGACUAUGGGGUUUGCUGAGCUGAAGCCAGGCCCCGAAGCUGCCCACGGCCGCCCGCCGGCCGGGCGGUCGUUCUCCCACCACCGCAUUAUGGUUCCCUUGUUUCUAAAUUUGUGCCCCCCAACAAAUUCUUGGGUUUCUGUUGUGAAAGGGUCUUCCCGAAUCGGACGGUUGAGAUCUCAUCGAAA